AACACUGGAGCCGAAAAUCUGCCGAGGUUGCUGUUGACGCUGCACGAUUGCUAUCAUCGUUUAGAUUAAAAACCUGAAGAAAAGACUGAAUGCAUUCGGAAUAAUAGAAGCAGUGGGGUGAAUCCCCAGUGUUUGCUGAGCAUGAGCAUGGAGGAUUAUGAUUACUUAUUCAAAAUUGUGCUGAUAGGAAAUGCAGGAGUGGGCAAAACCUGCCUCGUCCGACGCUUCACUCAGGGGCUCUUCCCUCCCGGACAAGGUGCCACCAUUGGAGUUGAUUUCAUGAUCAAAACAGUGGAAAUAAAAGGAGUGAAAGUGAAGCUCCAGAUCUGGGACACGGCCGGGCAGGAGCGGUUCCGCUCAAUUACCCAGAGUUACUACCGCAGUGCCAACGCUCUCAUUCUCACCUACGACAUCACCUGUGAAGAUUCCUUCCGGUGCCUUCCUGAGUGGCUGAGGGAGAUCGAGCAGUAUGCCAACAACCAAGUAGUGACAGUCUUAGUAGGGAAUAAGAUAGACCUGGCCGAUAAGCGAGAAGUCCAUCGGCAGCGAGCAGAGGAGUUUGCGGAGGCGCAGAGCAUGCUUUAUCUGGAGACCUCUGCCAAAGAAUCGGACAACGUGGAGAAGCUCUUUCUGGAUCUGGCCUGCAAACUGAUCCGCGAGGCCAAGCAAAACACGUUGGACAACAACGACUCCACUCCCAUGCCUGGAGAAGGGAAAAACAUCAAUUACUUGAGCUGCUGCAGCAUGAACUAGUAGACUUGGCCACUCUGUCUGGCUGAGGGGGGCAACAUGGAUUGCAUACAAAGUGGUUGUAUUGUUGGUAACCACUAUGUAGUUGCAGUGGUUACUGUUUUCCACUGUUGUCGAAGUCUAGUUCUUUUACCAUUCUUAAAUCCCUGGGUAUUUUAAAACAUUCUGAAAAAACACAAUAUCAAGAUGAUGCUGCUUUUAAAGGUGGGUCUGAAGCUUCGAGAUGCUUUUGGCCAGAAAAAAGGGCCUUGUUAUACAAAAAUGCUUGCUAAUAGGUCAGACAAUGAGAUUUUCUACACUUCUGUACAAUGCAACAGUUGGGAUUUCCCUGCUGACUUGAGAGCCAAUGUAUUUGUCAUAUUAGAGAUUUGAAAAAGAAAUGAGAAUGCAGAUCUUCAUCAGCAAUCUUACUCACUUGAAGGACUAGUUCAUCCAAAAAUAAGCAUUCUGUCAUCAUUUACUUACCCUCAUGUUGUUCCAAACCCA